UUUAUGAUUUCCAGAAGUUAAUAAGAACCGGUGCAUAUAUUUGCGAGGUUAUUUGGAAGUUUUGUCAAAAACAGCUGUUUGCUUUUGACUACUGAGUUUGUCUGCUAGCUUGUUAACCGCUAGCCAUAAAUGCUACAUAGAGGGAUGCUAAUAUAACUGACCAUCAGCUUUGCCGACGAGGGAGGUCCCAGACAGCCGAAGCAGCCAUCAGGUGCCGAAUUUGCAGCGUCUGACAGACCGAUGGAAGAGGACGAGCUGGACGGACUUCCUGUUUUCGGGGCGGAUGAAGAAGAGUGCGAUAUGGAGACCAGUUCCACUCCGAAAGACGAGAGAUCCGGCGGGAAAGACGCAGAUAAAAAUGUGCCACGAUCUCAGACGGGUGAAGGAACAUCCAAAACCGCUGCCAGUGCACCGUCGCAGGACCCGGCCGGAGGAGGUCGAGAGGAGAGACCGGCUUCACCUUUAAUAAACAUUAAGGACGAGCCUAUAGACGAGGGCUACGAUAAAGCUCUGCUCAGCUCCGGCCAGUCGGACAGCAGCCGGGUUAAAGAGGAGCUGGAGAACGGAGAUCAGGAGUCGGCUCCUCCAGAUGAACUGAGGAUCAGCUCCGUCUUCUCCGUCCGAGGGAACAGCGAAGCCAUCUCUGCUGCUCCUGUUGCCCCUCAGGCACCUCAGUUUGCCACCAUAACCCAGCCGGCGUCGGUCAUCAGAACCCCUAUAGUCCUGCAGGCCCAGAUGCCGCCUCAGUUUCACGCUCACCUCCAGCUCCAACCCAAGACCCUGGCCCAGCUUCAACCGCAUCUUCAAGCCCAGCUCCAGGCGCAGCUUCAGAGCCAGCUCCAGCCUCAGCUUCAGCUCCAGGCGCAGCUCCAGGCUCGCCUCCAAACCCAGCUCCAGGCCCAGUUUCAAACCCAGCUUCAGCCCGCUCAGCAAGCGCUGCUCCAGCGUCCACCCCAACCUUCCCUCCAGCCCUCGCCCAAACCCCAGAUCCAUCCUCAGACCCAACCCCAGCUUCCGGCGCCGGCCGCUCAGAUGGUGCGCAUCUGCUGCUCGGGCUGCUCCAAGGUCCUGCAGAAGGGUCAGACGGCGUUCCAGAAGAAAGGCUCCAAUCAGCUCUUCUGCUCCACCGUGUGUCUCACGGGCUUCACGCUGCCCCCGGCGCCCAUCGUGGUGCCCAGGAAAACCUGCCACCUGUGCCUCAAGGCGAUCGCAAACCUGAAGGACCUGAUCACCGUUCCCAUCGACUCCUCCAACACCCUGAAGGAGUUCUGCAGCUUGUCGUGUCUGAGCAUCUACAAGUCCAGAGUGGAAGGCUUAUCCAAGGACGUGGUCAGAUGCUCCAUGUGCAGGAGUCCCAAAGAGAUUCUGCACGAGGUGAAUCACCAGGGCGUGGUGCACCGUCUCUGCAGCGACGACUGUUUCCUGCGCUUCCGCUCCUCCAAGCGGAUCUCCAUGAGCUGCUGUGAGAGCUGCAGUAACUGCACGGUGACGGGGAACUAUCACCUGGUUCAGGUGGACGACGCCAUCAAGAAGUUCUGCAGCCCCGCGUGCAUCAACGCCUACAAACAGAAGAGUGGGAAGCGGGUUCAAUGCCCCAGCUGUCAGGAUCUCAAAGCUAUAGACCAGAUGUUGGAAGGGACCAAUGCGCAGGGGGUCAUCGAGUUCUUCUGCUCGGCCAGAUGUGUAGCUAACAGCCAGGCCUCCUGCACGCUCUCAGGUGCUUCGUUCCCCUGCACAAACUGCCAAAAGUUAGCCGUACCCCAGUAUCACCUGGCGAUGCCCGACGGAUCCAUACGCAACUUCUGCACCUACGAGUGUGUUGCCAAAUUCCAGGAGAGGGUGCAGAGAUCCGCCCAGAUGAACGGAGCGUCCCACGCCGCCCCCAAUCCGGCGCCGCAUCCUUCGUCUGCUCAGCUGUUCGCCUCGCAUCGACACUCCACCCAGCCGCCCGCGCCCGCGCCCACGCCCACGCCCCGCCCGUCCAGCUCUCACGAGUCCGUCAGACUGAGCUGCAAACAGUGCCAGAAGCAGUUCUGCUCCAAACCCGAGCUGCUCCAGCUGAAGAACCACGCCGGCGUUUUCUGCUCGCGACUGUGUUGCGACGCCUACAAGAGGGAAAAGGAGGUGAAGGCGGCGUGCGAGUACUGCAGGGAGGAGAAGGUGGUCAAGGACGUGGUGGUGUACGACAGGAAGCCGCUCAACUUCUGCUGUGAAGGCUGCAAACUGCUCUACAAGCACAACUACACCAAAAAGCACGGCGGUCAGUGCAGGGUCUGCGCCUACUGCUGCAACGUCACCCACCGCACCCUCCAGAACCACUUCGGGGGGAAGCUGGAGGAGUUCUGCAGCCAGGAGUGCAUGUCACUCCACACCGUGCUCUUCUACGAGAUGGCGAAGUGCCACGGCUGUAAGAACCAAGGGGCGCUCAAGGAGAGCCUGAGGUGGGACGGGACGGUCCGCCACUUCUGUAACCUGCCCUGUUUACUGCAGUUCUGCGCCAAGAACGUGGUCCACCAUCAGCCGAGCACCAACGGUAUAACGUCGGCUGCCACCUCUCUGUGUAAAGACAUGCCCAUCAUAGGUGGCGUGGUGUCUCUGGCAUCGGCGCUGGCUGGUAACACCGCUAUCACAGGAGCUCUUCCUACCUCGGACGCCAGCUCCAAAAUCAACGACGACGCGAGCACACAGACCGACGCGGCCGUGAACUCUGACGCUCAGCAGAGGCGGAUGAUGAAGAAUAAAGCCAUCAUGUGCAGACCCAUCACUGAAGAGCAGCUCACCCAGUGCCAGCUUGAGUCUUCAAAACCCCUGGGAGAAACUGUGAUUGAUGAAAACGGAGACAGAGUGAAGCUGGUGCCGGUGCCCAUCCCCGUCCCUACACCCGUCUUCAUUCCGGUGCCUGUGCACUUAUACACCCAGUACACACCGGUGCCGCUGGGACUCCCUCUGCCCAUACCCGUGCCCGUGGUCGUCUCGGCUUCCCAGGAGGCCCAAGCGGCUGCCGUGAAAGACGACGUUCCCUCACGAAGCUCGGUGGAGAAAGAGGACGUGGAAAAGAGCAAACGCAGGCCCGCGUCUCAUGAAGACCAAGGCAGGACCUACAGCGGCGGUCUAGAAUCGGAGGCCACGUCUACACCCUUAAGUCGGGCGGACGCCAAGCCGCCGGUCCCCACGCCCGAGUCCGAGGGACGUAAGGGUGGUCUGAAAACGUCCACGUCCAGCCUGCUCGAUCUGGAAAAGGACAUUUCUCUCGAGUCACACGAUCACGAAGCACCGAGGGAGCAGAAAGCGCCGCUGAAACGACGCAAGCGAGGACGGAAGAGGCGCUCGGUGACGGACGCGGCGAGCGGCGUGGUUGCCUCUCCGCCCGGUUCCAGGCUGCACCACACGUACGGAGUGAAGGCCUGGUCCGGCUGGGUGCGCUGGAGAUCUCAGCAGGCCGACGCGAGUUCUCUCAGUGUGAAGGAGAACGUGUUGAACUGCAGCUCUGAAGAGCUCGGCGACGCUCUGUGCCAUUUCGUCGGCGAAGUUCGGAGGCCGAACGGCCAGACGUACGCACCCGACAGCGUCUACUACCUGUGCCUGGGUAUUCAGCAGCACCUUCUCCAAAAGGGACGGGCGGAGAACAUCUUCAUGGAUCCUCCGUUUAAUCGCUUCGCGACGGACAUCACGCGGCUGAUCAGAGACUGGGAGCGAACCCUCACUCCAGCCGGCUUCGCUCAGUCCCGUGUCGAGGAGUGUUUCCUGUGGGAGUGUAAGCAGCUGGGCGCUCUCUCUCCUCCGGUGCUCCUCAACACGCUGCUCCUCUUCGGCGUGAAGCACCUGAACCUGAGGACGGUGGAGCAGCACCAGCAGCUCUCCUUCUCCUGCAUCAGCCGCUCCUCCAGGAGCACCAAGCUGGGCGAGCUGUCCUACCUCAGGCUCGCCUUCAGCGCCAAACAUCAGGAGCAGAGGAGAGCGAUGCUUGGGAAGAGGAAGCGGGACGAAGCGGAGGAGAACACCGAGGGUUCCGAGAUGCCCGAGAACACCGAGGACCCCCGGCGCUGUCCGGUCCGGCUGUACGAGUUCUACCUGUCCAAAUGUCCCGACUCGGUGAAGGAGCGCCCGGAUGUUUUCUACCUGCAGCCCGAGAGCUCGUUCCAGCCCGGCAGCGACGUGUGGUUUUCCGAUCGGCCCCUAGAGGGCGGCGUACUGGACAGCAUGCUGACGCGAGUCCUGGCCGUCCGCGACGUCCAUCUGGAUCCCAGGCAGCACAAGCCGGGCUCCUCGGAGGAGGACGGCACGUAACCGACCGGGAGACGCAGAUCAUCUCCUGAAGGAACGUCCUCAGAUAUGGACCCAGAUCAGUCUCCUCCUCCUCCUCUCGUACCCUGGUACACGGGGGGUCUGUGAGGUGGAGCUGCAUGACGUGGUGAAGUAGAACUAGUUUGACGUGGUGUCCAUUUAUUUUUGCUCUUCAAAUGAUUAAUAAAUCUCACACAGCAAACAGCAA